UACUUUUAGUACCAGUUAGUUACCUCACUAGCCAAAAUGUCAUGGCCGCCUUCGCCUUUGCGACAUAUGUACCGUGACAAGUCAUGUCAUUUGUGUCCAUGAUAUAUGAAAAAUUCCAAUGGCAGAUUCUUUCUUCGGGUUCGAUACUUCGUUAUCGAACUUAAAUGAUGACGAAGGUGGUGGUGAACCAUCCGAGGACGAGUAUGACGCUCUCAACGAUGAGACCUUUGGCCAAGGUUCUGACGAGUUCGACUGGGAGGUGGAGCACGAGCAGCUCGCCGAACAGCUGGAGAGCAGCCGCAGACACAACAGCGGGAUCGACGACCUCGCUAACACACAGCUGGGUGAGAUAUCUAUAGUUGUUCCCCGCAGUUUCACCCGAGGGACGAUGAAACUACAUACCGUAUCGGAGGCGUCGUUAUCACAGCUAGUGUUGGACGAGACGGAUGCACCACACUCGAGGUCUUUCUCCUCAAAUGUGUGGAGGCAUGACCCCAUCUUUCCAAGUGCUCCCACACCGGUGCAAGGAUUGAAGAAUGUGUGCACGGUGGAAGAACUGGAACGCCAACUGCGGCAGAAGCAGGUGCCGCAGCCAAACUUCAACCAGAACUACUUUCAGCCAAGAUUUCCACCAGUUAUACUACAAAGACCUCCGGGUCUUCAAGCCCCCGUACCCUUACCAUUUGCCCCCCAACAAUCAAUGUCCCACAACAUGAAUCAACCGUUAACCAAGCUCAUGAACCAAAUGGGACAAAACAACCAACUACUACCCAACCACGUCAACCAAAUGGGCCAAAACGUAACACAGUUCAUGAACAACCAAAUUGGCAACCAGUUUCAAAACAACCCUAUAGGCCCAGGGAAUAAUAUGAUGAACCAACUCACGCAAAAUAUGAGUGUUCACCAAAUGGGACAAAACAACCAGAUGAUGGGACAGAAUGUUAACCAAAUGGGACAGAAUUUGAAUAUGAGUCAAAGUAUGGGUCAGAUGGGACAGAGUAUGAACCAAAUGGGACAAAACGUCAAUCAAAUGGGACAGAAUAUGGGACAAAAUGUCAAUCAGAUGUCUCAGAAUAUGAGUCAGAUGGGACAGAACGUCAACCAGAUGGGACAAAACAUGCAGUCGAUGGGUCAAAAUCUUAGCCAGAUGAACAACCAUAUGGGUAGUAACCAGAUGGGUCAGAAUCCCAACCAGAUGGGUCAGAAUCCUAAUCAGAUGGGUCAGAAUGUUAACCAGAUGAUGCAGAAUGGUAACCAGUUUCCUGGUAUGAGUCAGUUUCAGCAUAUGAUGGGUCAACCUAGGAUGAUGGGGCCUCCUCCCGGUAUUAAUAUGCAGAGGCCAAAUUUUAAUUCUAAUAUGGGCCAGUAUAAUCCUAAUUUUCGUCCCUCAAUGCCAUCAAAACCAGAGCAACCAAUAAACCAACCGAACAUGAUGAUCAACCAACCAAUGCUGAUAAAAAACCAACCGCAACCAAUUAACAACAUCAAACACUCACCCAGCAACCAAAUGAACCAUAUGAACCAGAUUAACCAAAUCAACCAGUCGCCACAGAGUAAAAAUACUCCGAAACCGGUUCCGAAAGACCAGAAAGUCCAAAAAAGUCGGGUGUAUAAUAAUUCGAAGCAAAGUCAGAAUUUGACUUCGCAAAAUUUGGUCCAGUUGAUACAAAAUACACAUCCUAUGUUGCAAUUUAAUAAUAGUUUUCAUAACGCCAAUCAUCAUCCGAUGUUGAAUAAUAGAAAUAAUGUAUUUACUAACAGCCAGUUUAGCCAUCCUAUGUUCAAUAAUCAGAGGGUGAAUGGUACUUUUAAUAAUAGGCAUUCAAUAAACGGUGAUGACGCAAGCGGAAGUGACACGGACGAAUAUGCGGGUCUCAUGACCGCCAGAGAGAAACAGUGGCUCAUUAAUAUACAGAUGUUACAGCUUAACACUGGGACUCCUUAUAUACACGACUUUUACUAUACGGUGUUCUUAGAGCGACAAGCCAGCAAAGAGAAGGAAGGCGUCAAAGAGGCGCAUAAGGCAAACCAACAGAAUCAUCCAUUCUAUAGCGGAGGAGUGAAACAAGAAUCCCACACCCACAGAGAACGUCACAACUCGAACAGGCACAACUCGACCAGCGAGGACAGCGCCACUCCUCGGACAUACGUGCCCACGCAGUUCGAGAACUCGCUCGGCAAGUUACAGUGCGGCAGCGUGACGGCGCCGCGUAAGAUCAUCGACGUGGAGGUGGUGGGCGGCGACUCCGCUCCGGCACGGAUGUCCAGAGCGUCUAGCGUCGCCAGCACUACGCAUCCUACUGAGGUUCCCAGAGAAAUGAAGAGAACAAAACAACUCCUGCUCGACAUAGAAGCGCUAUACCUGAUACUGCUGCGGCUUGAAGAACUCAACGACCCGCUCGCGAUAUCCAACGCGCUUAUACUUAAGGAAAGAGAAGAAAAACAAAAACAAUUGGAGGCGGCACAAAAAGAGGCGGAGAGUGAACAGCAAGAGGUCUCCAACUUGUUCCUCAAGAAUAUCGAGUCGGUGCAGCGGAGGCCUAAGCAGGACAGCCCUAAGAGCGAGAGCAUUGAUAAAAGACAGGUGGUGAACCUCGCAGUGAACCAGAAACCGGUUCCCACCAAGAAUCUCCUGGAUGAAGACAAGGAUGACCUCAUAAACAAGAUGUUUGCCGGCCUACUGCACAGUGACCGGGUGCAACAGAUGCUCACUGUUAGGAAGGGACGGACGUUAAUAUCUCGUUUCGUAUCCCGCGUGCCGGCGUCGCACGGGCGCCUGCGCUGGCUGUGGGCGCGGGUGCUGCGUGCCCUGCCUCACGCGGCGCGGCGCGACGACACCGCCUGCGUGGCGCUCGCCAAGCAUUAUACUGACUACAUACAAACGACAUCUGGCUGGGCGCCGAUACUGGAGUCGUGCGGUCUGCUGUCGGAAGCCUUCGACCCCGCCAGGACGCCCUAUGCGUUAACUACAGCUUUCACCCUAAGCUGCGUGUGCGCGCUAAUAGACAAGGCAUCGAUGCUGGUCAACACUCCCGAAGCGACUUCCAACGAACGGCAAUGGUCGAAAUUCCUCAAAACACUCGCUCGAGCCCUCAAAAACACGACCUUAACAGUCGCAAGACCCGUAAAACCUAUGUCCGCAACGAAACUAACUUAUCAUAUGAAACAACUGGAUUCUAGGACCACAAUAGAAAUAUUGCAAAGGGGCAAAACUGCAGAAUUCGCGGACUUAACCAAAACCGAAGUUGCUGAACAACUUAUCAAGUACUUGUGUUGAUAUUUACUUUGGAAUAAGGUUCCAGAAUAAUCGAUUAGUUUAGGUAUCGAGUUGUUUAUCGAGUCAAUCGAUACGGCUAGAGGAUAGUGACAAGAGAAAAAAAUGCGUUCGAUACAAGAUAUUUCUGAUGAAACGUCGAAAUGUUGAAAUUUUCAACCUCUGGGAUAUGAUAUGAAGUUUGUCGCUUCAGUUUUUUUUUAUUUUAUUUAAAUAGUUCAUUCAUUAUAAAUAAAAUCAGUUUGUCGCCGACUUCAGUGUAAAUAUAUCAAUAUAACACAGUUAUUAUUUAAAAGUG